AGUAUUUUUUGUCAAAAUUUGGAAUUUUAAAUAAACGGAAGGAAGAAAUGCCGCUUAACUGGUACCUAUUGAAGACGACCGGGUCGAUGACCAGGGCCAACACCUACAUUCGGAAGUUCACCGAGGGAUCAGAGCGCAGCGGCGUGCUCAGCACAGCCCCCAAACUGCCGAAGAAGAAAAGUACCACGUUCAGGGUCUCGGAAUUGGAUCGCAUUUCCUACCUUUCCUCUUCCUCCCGGAGGAGCAGGGGGACGAGCAACCGUUCGGGUCAGUUAAAAGAGCCCAAGAAAGCCCAAACGCUGGACACCUGUCCCUUGCACUCCAAUGCGAUCCCCAAAAAGGAGCCAGUGGUUCAGGACACUCCCUGCAUGCGGGAGUUUUUCAACGAGGUGCGGGAGCGGGAGCUCAAGAGCUACUAUCUGCAGAUGAAGGCUGCCCAAAGGGUUCCAGCUCCGGCCCAUUUGUGUUCGGACUGUGGCCUGCCAAAGCGGGACAAGAAGGAUCUUAGCCAGAACAUUUACUGUUCCGGAGAUAUGAACUUGCGGCGAAGUAGAGCUCAGCACGGUGAUCGGUGUAGGGAUCUCACUUGGUUGUGGAACUCCUCCGCGGCAUAUCCCCAUUCAAGAAUGAGUUGAGGAUGUCGCGGAAGUGUUUCCAUCCAUAAGUGAUCUUUUGGUUGUUCCACCGAUUUUCUAAAAUUUCUAAAAGUUAUUUUUGUAAAUAUCAACUAGCAAUGCCUUCGCUGUCAUCCCCCUUGGCACUCCCUUUCCCUCGUAGUUUCAGUCACCUUUUGAGACCCAAAUCUUUCGUAUCGCACUCAACUCAGCCCUAGCCUUCCAGAUCCCACCAUGUUUUCCAAUCCCGCCCAGGAGUCGGUGGGGACGCAAACGGAGGCCCAGCCGAAUCCCUUGCCCGUCUGCACCCCGCUGCUGAUGGUGGACGAAGAUGGAAGGAAGCGGUACUGCUAUCAUGGUGGAAAGUGCAAGUGCGCCACCUGCGCCAAGAUACGGGCGGAGCAGGCGGCGAAACUGGACCAGGAGCUGCUGUCCUACAUACCGCACUCGAAACUGCAUCUGGAGGUACCGGUUCGAAUGGCCAAGCCGAAGCAGUACCGCCUAGAGGCCCGACGAGCCGAUCCCGAGUUGGCCAAGUGGCUGCGCGAGGAUCACGAGCGGCUGAGGCGCGAGUACCCCACGUACUACCUUCCGGACCGCUACUUCAGUGAGAACUUCUACGAGGUGCCCGGGCCCCAGCACAAGGAGACCCAGACGGACAUCCCGAUUGGGCGCUACGGCAUCGAUGGCUGUCCCUGUCCCGACAAAUCGCGCUGCUACGAUAUGUAAUCCUGGCCAGGCUUCGGCUACGCAAAAAAUAAAAUGUUAAAUCAGUUUUUUA